AUGUCCCUCUACCCAACAACCCUCAACGGCCUGCCCAACUGGUACGUCAGACAAAUGCAAGACGAAUACCGCCGACGAGUCCAGAAUGUCUUCUCGGUGGACUACAACCGCAUCCCGGCCGGUCCAGGAGCACAGCAGCAGGCUGCGCAACAACCGAUCCCUAAGCUGAAGAUGCGAUACAAAGUAAACAACGACGGAGCCUGGAAGGAAGUGGUCGUCGUCGGCGACAUCACGCUUGCGAGAUUGAAAGACCGGCUGGCGCUGGGCGAGCAGCAGACUUUGGGAGCGCGGAUCGAGUGUCCGCUUAUCAGAGUGGAGUUCGAUAUUGCGGAGGAAUGUUGGCAAAAGAAGCUUUCGGAGGUGCUGCCUUGGGUUAGCGGGUUCGUGAUCUCCGACAAGGGCAAAGGAAACAAGAUGGUGAGAUUUGACGAUGCCCAGGUGAAGCCGGGGGGUGCGAGGAGCAUUUUCGACAUCCAGCACCAGCUCGAGCGCGAAGGACGAAAGUAA